AUGGCUGAUGCUGACUACUACCCGACAUUCUAUGAAGCCCUCAGUUUUGGCGUUUACAGUAACUUGAAGAAGGGCGGAAAUGGUUGCUCAGGAACGGCAGCAAUGGUGUCUACAGCAGUGGCUGCUGACGUGGGUGUUGCAGUGGAUCCUGGCACGGGUGCUGCAGAGGAUUCCGGUAUGGGUGCUGCAGAGGACGCUGGUAUGGGUGCUGCAGAGGACUCUGGUAUGAUUGCUGCAAAAGACGCUGGCAUGGUUGUUGCAGAGGUCGCUGGCAUGGUUGUUGCAGAGGACGCUGACAUGGAUGCUGCAGUGGAUGCUGACAUGGAUGCUGCAGUGGAUGCUGACAUGGAUGCUGCAGUGGAUGCUGACAUGGAUGCUGCAGUGGAUGCUGACAUGGAUGCUGCAGUGGAUGCUGACAUGGAUGCUGCUGUGGGUCCCGCUGCAGGCACAGCUCUGUUGCUCUCAGGCACAGCUCUGCUGCUUACAGGCAUAGCUCUGCUGCUUGCAGGCAUAGCUUUGCUGUUCGGAGGCACAGCUCUGUGGCUUGCAGGUGUAGCUCGGUUUCUCGCAGGCGCGGCUCUUCUGCGAGCAGGCACAGCAAUGUUGCUUGCAGGCAAGAAUUCAGCCUCGAGAAAAGCAGCAGUCGGUUCCAAGUUAAGCCGUGCAGGAGCUCUUGCUGUGAAGACUGUUGCUGGGAAGGGGAGGAACGUUCUGGUUGUGUCUGUGUGCCUUGAAAAAGAUAUGAGGUGGCAGGAGAGAGUUGGCAGCGUAAAACCUGAGGAGAAAAUGGGCAAUGUGAGGGCAAGGUUGGGUGCAAUGAGGCCUCCCUGGCGGCUGUGA